AUGGAUAACGCUAAGAGCUUUAUCGCCAAGAACAAGACGGCGCUCACCGUCACGGCGUUGGCGCUGAUCGCUGCCGUGUCUGCGUACUACGUGUACACCCAGCUGAGCGGCGCGCAGCCGCCGGCGCCGGCGCCCGAGGAUGACGCCGCCGCCAAGAAGAAGAAGAAGAACAAGAAGAAGAAGCUGGCCAAGAGCGCCUCCCCUGAACCCGCCACCGGCGCCGCCACCGACGCCACCACCGCUAAAAAGGAACGGGCUUACCCCGUCGACGCUAAGGGGCUCCCGGCGUUGACCGAUGACGUCAUUGCCUCGUUGUCCGACGCCGACAAGGACGCGUGGGCGUUGGCGCUUAAAGAGGACGGUAACUCCGAAUUCAAGCACAAGCGCUACGACGAAGCCAUCGCCUACUACUCCGCCGCCUUGCAAUUGAAGCAGGACCCCAUCUUCUACCUGAACCGGCUGGCGUGCUACGCCGCCCUUGAAGACCACGAAAACGUCAUCAAGGACACCUCCGCCGCCAUCAAGUUGAAGCCCGACUACACCAAGUGCGUGUUGCGCCGGGCCAACUCCUACGAGAUCCUCGAGAAGUACGAGGACUCGAUGUUCGACUUGACUGCCUUGACCAUCUACGGCGGCUUCCUGAACAAGCUGAUCGAACAGGUGUUGGAAAGAGUGUUGAAGAAGCACUCAAUCAAGAUCGUCGAGCUGGCGCCUAAGGAAUUGCAGCUCCCCUCCGCCGCCACCAUCGGCUCGUUCUUCGGCGCUUUCGUCGAAGAGACUAACCCCGAAGGCAUCAGCGCCGAGUCCGAAGGCGGCGCCAAGUACAUGUACGAAGCGUUGCAAGCGAUCAACGGCAACACCGUUGACGGCUACGACAAGGCCGACACUUUGAUCAACCAGGCCGUGGAAGCGUUUAAGGACGUCAAGUCCGGUGACGCCGACGCCGGCAUCGCCGCCGUUGCUCUCGAAUACUCGGCCGCGUUCAAGUUCUUGAAGAACGACUCUGCCGCCGCCGCCGUCGACAUCCAGUCGGCCAUCGACCUCAAGCCCCGCCCCCGCUCGUACGUGUUCCGUGCCCUCAUCAACGCCGACAAGCUGAGCUACAAGGAAGCCCUCGAGGACUUCAAGCGCGCUGAGGACUUGGACCCCAAGUGCCUGGACAUCUACUACCACCUCGGGCAGCUCUACUACUUGACGGGCGACUUGGCCAACGCCGAGACCCAGUUCACCAAGGCCCGCGAACUCAACCCCAAGAACGUUUACGCCUACAUCCAAUUGGCGUGCAUCACCUACAAGAACGGCAACAUCGACCUUGCCAACGAAAAAUUCACUGAGGCCAAGCUCAAGUUUGCCACCGCCCCUGAAGUGCCCAACUACUACGGUGAGAUUCUCGCCGACCGCGGCGACAUCCCCGCCGCCUGCAACCAAUUCGACAUUGCCGCUCGCUUGCAAGAGCUGUUGCCCGUGUUCAGCGUCGGCGCCCUCCCCUUGAUCAACAAGGCCACCUGCUUGUCGCGUGAGAACCUCGAGCGCAUCGACGAAGCCGAGGAAUUGUUGGUGAAGGCGUGCGAAUUGGACCCUAAGUCGGAAUUGGCCCGCAUCUCGUUGGCGCAAAUCAAGUUGCAAAAGGACCAAGUCGACGAAGCCAUCGCCUUGUUUGAAGAACUGUCGCGGUUGGCGCGCUCGUUCGAAGAAAAGGUGCAAGCGACGUCGUUUGCCGAGGCCACCAAGAUGCAAAAGCGCAUCAAGAAUGAUCCCGUGUUGACCCAGAAGAUCGCCGAAGUGAUGCGGGAAUCGGGCAUUCAGAUGUAA